AUGCAGCCCUUCAGCUUGGAGGCGGCCAGGAAAGCAGCCCAGAGGGAUGUGCUGGCAGCAGAUCUCCAGUGCAGCUUCUUUGCUUCUGCCCUGCAGAGCUACAAGCGGGACUCUGUGCUGAGGCCAUUUCCAGCCUCCUAUGUUAGCCAGGACAACAAGGACUUUGAGGCCCUGCUUGAAGAUACCAGUAUGCUACCAAACCUGAAGGAACUUCUCCAGUCUGCAGAUGACAGAGAUAAAAGGGCAUGGAGUCUGGUGAGCUGGAUUUUGUCAUCAAAGAUUCUUACACUUCAUAGCAUAGGGAAAACAGAGUAUGUGAAGAUCCAAGAACUGAUGGGAAUUUCAGGCACUAGUGUCCCUGCACCUGACUUUCUGUUUGAAAUAGUGUAUUCUGGAUCAGUGGAUGCCAAAUUUUAUGAGACCAAAGGAGAAAGGGAUCUUAUCUAUGCAUUCCAUGGGAGCCGCCUGGAAAAUUUUCAUUCCAUCCUACAUAAUGGUUUACAUUGCCACUUAAACAAGACAUCCUUGUUUGGUGAAGGGACCUACCUUACCAGUGACUUAAGCCUGGCUCUUCUUUACAGUCCUCACGGUAUGGGGUGGCAGCACAGCCUCUUGGGUCCUAUCCUAAGUUGUGUGGCAUUGUGUGAGAUCAUCGACCAUCCAGAUGUCAAGUGCCAAACCAAGAAAAAAGAUUCAGAAGAAAUAGAUAGAAAAAGAGCAAGAGCCAAACAUAGCGAAGGGGGUGACGUCCCUCCCAAAUACUUUGUGGUUACCAACAACCAACUUUUACGAGUAAAAUAUCUGUUAGUUUAUUCCCAGAAACAACAUAAGAGGGUCUCAAACCAGCCUUCUUGGAUUUCUAAUCAUCGCUUCACCCUCAUGAUGCUCCUGUAUCUGCUGUUAUUGAUUGUUAUAGGUUUCAGCAACUCUCCCUCUUUCUUGCACUACUGGAAUCGAGCAUUGGAGUCAAAAAGAUAAACUUACCUAACUCAGCAGGAUAGCCUCUGCUGUAUGCCUUAGCACCUCCUGAUCUAUUAGUUCCUGCACCUCCAACUAGAACUCUGGUCUAGAGGCUAAGGAGGGGCAGUUAUCAGAACACUGUAAUGAUACCAGAAAUCUUGACUGCCUUCGGAUGCUCCUAGAGAACUUUUGUGCUUCCUAACUGGUCACAUUUUGGAGGAUAGUGUCAGUUGGUCACACUCGCCCAAGAUUUCAGGAUCACUUUGCUGUCCUCUCUGUCCUUAGCAGUUCUGGGAAGCUGACUUUUUAGCAAGGGCCAAAGGAAGAAGCCUGCCGUAUUGAAAAACAAGGUGUCCAGGCACUCGGCAAUAUGUUUACAAUUGCCUCUGGCAGAAAUCCUCCCUUUCUAAUGCCUUUGGAAGGUGGAAAAAUAUGUUGUGUGAGGUAUAAAUCAUCAAGCAGUUGGCUUGUUUUGACUCAAAAUGUUGCAGAGGAACAAUGAUGUUUCUCACGAAAUGGGAGAAAUUGUUUUUGAUUUAUAAUUUUUGGCUGUAGACUUAUGAAUGUGACAACAAAACCUUUAAUAGUUUUAACCAUUUUCUUGAGUAUCUAGAAACGGCUUUUGCAGCAAUGGUGCACUCAUUCAUUCGUUUAUAAAAUUAUAGGAUUCAUAGCUGGAAGGAUUUGAGAAUCCAGCUCUUUCCGUUUAAUAGAGAAGGAAACUAAAGUUCAAGGUUAUCAUAACUUGUUUGUGAUCUAGUAAGUGUAAGAGCUAGGAUUUGAACCCACGUCCUCUGACUUUGGACCCAGUGUUCCUUCCACCACACCCCUCUGCCCUUACAGAAUGCUUUCAUUCAUGUAUUCAUUCUGCACAUUUCUGAAGCACCUAUUCUGUAGAAGAUACGAAUGGAUGAGAAAGGAAGGUUUGAUGAUACAUUAUUGGAGCCUCAUAAGGGAAGAUUGCCUACUAGCCAUCUGAAUAUUUCUUUUAAAUCAAAGGAACUGAAUGCUUUAAAAAAAUAAUGACUUGACAAUUGGGCAACAUCUUUGUGAAUGUUUCUACAGAGUGAUUCAUUUGGCCAGUGUCCACACAGCCUUUUGACUUUUUAAGAAAAGAAACCAAGCUGUGGGCUUGCCCGUCUCACGAGAUGGAUUUGACAUGCCACAGAAAAGCCCCAUGGAAUUUGAACAAACGUCCUAAAUGACAGCCUUUCACGAUAAGUGCAAAUCUAUCACGCAUCCAUGGGUAGUCUUUAUUUGGAGGAGCAUUUAUUGUUGGCAUGCUCCCUCUCCAUACCUGUAUAUGUUAUUUUAUGUGGAGAAGAAUCCCUUGGAUGCCAGGAUAGCAGUCUUAUUUGUUGGCUGUAUGUAUUAUUACUACCUUCUUUCUAUUAGGUAUCUAGUUUGAUUUAAAUAAAACAUAGCCCUAUUUUUUCC